CUUCGUUACAGUGUAUAUAAAAACACUUCAGUACAAAGUCGGACAAGAAAUUUUUUUCUCUCCAACUAGUCAAGUACACUCGGACUAACCAUGAAAAUCUUCACAUCAAUAACCGCGAUCAUAGCAGCAUCCGCUGCUGCAACAGCAAGCCAAGUCUACCAACCAGAGCACUACAACACGGAGAUCUACCAAUCACAGGGCGUGGAGCAACAUGCGGUGUAUCCUGACCAAUCACAGCACGGCUACGGACAGCGGCCAUUGGCUGAAAAAACCGCGAGGAUACUAAACUACCACUCAGAGAAUAAUGGCCAUAAUUACCAGUAUGCUUAUGAAACUGAAAAUGGUAUCAAAGCACAAGAAGCUGGUCAUGUGACCCAUGGAACAGCAGCCGAAGGGGCCUUCUCUUACACCGGUGACGACGGCCACACUUACACCGUUACUUACACAGCUGACGAGCAUGGUUUCAGGCCGCAGGGCGCGCACUUCCCCACCCCACCCCCGAUUCCAGACGCCAUCUUGAAGAGCCUGGAACAGAAUGCUAGAGACGAAGCUAACGGGAUUUCAGAUGACGGUCACUACCGCGACGAGCACCAAGCCUACUACAACGAGGGUUACCAACAGGAGGGCUAUGCGCCCGCGCAACACAACGAGUACCAUCACUAACUGUUUUAAAUUGGUUGUAAUUUGUUGUUUAUUUUGUUGAUGCUAGCAAUAAAAGUUCCUAUAAUUAUU